CACUGCGAAAGCUUCCAACUGAUCUAUGAAGUCACAUCGUGACCCGUCGACCUUGUCACGCCCAAAAUAUUGAGCACAACAUAUAUAAGCCGAUCUUAACAUAUCGUGUGCAUCAGUUGUGUCUGAGAUAAUCAUAACAACAUGUUCUCUAAAAUCGUUGCCCUGAGCGCAGUGUUGGCGGUGUCCGCAGCUGGUCUGCUGCCCGCGGCACACUACUCCCCAGCUGGAGCUGUCUCCUCCCAGAGCAUCGUACGCCACGAUGAGGCUCAACCUGCUGGUCGCGUAGCUCACCUUGCUGCUCCAGUCCAGUACGCCGCUGCUCCCGUCCAAUACGCCGCCUCCCCCGUCCACUACGCCGCCGCUCCCGUCCACUACGCUGCUCCCGUCGCCAAAGUGAUCGCUCCCGCCCAGAAAGUCCUUGUCUCCGCCCAGGCUGAGGAAUACGCUCACCCCAAAUACGACUUCUCUUACUCCGUGGCUGACGGACACACCGGCGACAACAAGUCCCAGCAGGAGUCCCGCGACGGUGACGCUGUGCACGGCGAGUACUCGCUGGUGGAGGCUGACGGCUCCGUGCGCCGCGUGCAGUACACCGCCGACGACCACAACGGCUUCAACGCGGUGGUCUCCAACUCCGCCCCCGCUCACGCCCCAGUCGCGCACGCCGUGCACGCCGCCCCCGUCCUCCUCGCUCACCAUCAUUAAAUAUACCUCUCUAGUCCUAUCGAAAGGAAACCUGAGCGAUUGUGCCGAGUGUCUUUUUGUAAAUAGUGUUAAUUUAUUUAUGUAAAAUAAAGAAGAGUGUAUUAGAAAA